AUGGCUGCCUCCACCAUGUCUGUUUGCUCUGAUGCUCGCACCAACUCCUCCUGGCAGGUGGAUGACUGCCCAGAGAGCUGCUGUGAGCCCUGUUGCUGUGCCCCCAGCUGCUGCCAGCCAAGCUGCUGCCAGCCCAGCUGCUGUGCCCCCGGCUGCUGCCAGCCCAGCUGCUGUGCCCCAGCCCCCUGCCUGACCCUCAUCUGUACCCCAGUGAGCUGUGUGUCCAGCCCCUGCUGCCAGUCUUCCUGCUGCACACCCUCAUGCUGCCAGCAGUCUAGCUGCCAGCCAGCUUGCUGCACCUGCUCCCCAUGCCAGCCAUCCUGCUGUGUGACCCUUUGCUGCAAGCCUGUCUGCUGCACACCCAUCUGCUCUGGAUCAUGCUGCCAGCAGUCUAGCUGCCAGUCCUCAUGCUGUCAAUCNCCCUGCUGUGUGCCUGUCUGCUGCAAGCCUGUCUGCUGCACACCCAUCUGCUCUGGCUCCUCCUCCUGCUGCCAGCCCUCCUGCUGUGCUCCUGUGUGCUGCAAGCCCUGCUCCAGCCUGUCCCUGCUGUGCCGCCCUGUGUGCAGACCUGCCUGCUGUGUGCCCACCUCCUCCUGCUGUGCCUCCUCCUGCCAGCCCAGCUGCUGCCGCCCAGCCUCCUGUGUGUCCCUGCUGUGCCGCCCUGCCUGCUCCAAACAGGCCUGCUGUGGACAGAAGUCCAGCUGCUGA